AUGACCUCCUCCACUAAGCACAAGACUGGUGGCUUUGGGGGAGCUGGCACUGGAUAUAUGCAGAUCUAUCUCAGGCAGCUCCAAGACAAUCCAAUGCGGACCAAGAUGUUGACCUCCGGAACUCUCUCUGCCCUGCAGGAAGUUCUGGCCUCUGUGAUCGCCCGCGACCGCAGUAAGAAUGGCUCCUACCUGACCCCCCGUGUCCCCAAAAUGGCCUUCUACGGCGCGCUUAUCUCCGCGCCUCUCGGCCAUAUCCUUGUAACUCUUCUCCAGAAGGUCUUUGCCGGCCGCACGUCUACCAAAUCCAAGAUCGCCCAGAUCGUGGUAAGCAAUCUUUUGGUCUCGCCGAUUCAGAACUCCGUGUACCUGGCGUGUAUGGCGAUUAUCGCCGGCGCGCGCACAUCCCACCAGAUCCGCGCGACGGUCAAGGCAGGGUUCAUGCCCGUCAUGAAGGUGUCGUGGUGCACUAGCCCGCUCGCGCUAUUGUUUGCGCAGAAAUUCUUGCCGCCCCACGCCUGGGUGCCGUUCUUCAACCUAGUCGCGUUCGUGAUUGGGACAUACAUCAACUCGAUGACUAAGAAGAAGAGAAUCGCGGCGCUCAGGAAGAGAAAGUUGUACCAGGAGAAGAAGGCCCUGUCGGAGGAACACGUCACUACCACCACCAACGAAUACUUCCUCCGACGGGACUAG